GAUUUUGAUUUUCUUACAUUCAGAAUCCCAUUUUUAUCUUAUAAAUUACUUCUCCAUCUUAGCCUCUCAUUGCAAGUAUAGCAUCAACUAGUUGUUUUACAAAGAUGUCGAUGGUUCCGGGUAGCUAUUUCGGUAUCCGCAGCGUUCACGAGCCUCUCUACCAGCAAAUUUGGGAUCCAUUCCAAGAAUUUCACUAUGGGGGCACUCUCGUUGCGCCUCGUCCUGUUUUCUCCACCCAAUCACCGUUUGAGCUUGCGAACCUAGACUGGAAGGAAACCCCAGAAGCUCAUGUGUUCAAAGCGGAUCUUCCAGGGCUGAAGAAGAACGAAGUGAAGGUAGAAGUAGAGGACGGAAGAGUCCUCUGCAUCAGGGCCGAGAAAAACAUGGAGAAAGAAGUGAAGAGCGAGACGUGGCAUCGCGUGGAGCGUAGCAGUGGCGUGUUUGUGAGGCGUUUCAGGUUGCCUGAGAAUGCAAAGGUUUAUCAGCUGACAGCAUAUUUGGAGAACGGGGUGCUCACGGUGACAGUUCCUAAGGAAGAGGCCAAACACCACCCCAAAAGAACCAUUCAGAUCCAUGGCAAGUGAGAGGUUUUGCCUCUGCUUAAGAAUUUCAUGAGGGAAUGAGAAAUUGAAACCUGAAGGGCAACUAUAAAAUCUUCACGGUCAUAUAAACAAAGAAACCUGACCCAAUAAGUGCUUUAGUUGUAAAAUUACCAAUAUAUAUUGCUCUUAUUUUAGUAUUCUAUCUGAUC